GUCCCCUCCGCCACCUACAGUGGGGACACUGGGGGUGCCACCACGGCCGUGUCCCUGUCCCCAGGGCACAGGUGGGUGGGGGUGUCUCCUCGGGGACACAGCGUCCCCACCGCAAGGGGGUCAGGCCAGGCGGGGCCCUGGGACCCUCCGGCACACGCACCCGUCACCGCUGCCUCGGCGCGGACAGGACGUGGCCCAAUUAGAGGUGACAGCGGGUGCCCGCGGCCACCGGCCACUGCUGUGGCUGCGCUGGGGUCAGAGGGCGGGAGCCACUGGGGACACGGGAGGGGCCCUGGGGACAGGGUGCAGGUGUCCACCCCCAGCAUCCGGCGGGUCCUCAGUGCUGGUUCCUCAGCGCUAAUUAACGAGGAGGAGGCGGCCGCCGGGGAGCGGGGGCUCGUUCUGGCCGCGGCUGGCGGGGCUGUCAGCCCCAGCUCUGAGGAGACGGCCGCCAUUGAGGCUGCUGUGGCUGCCGCCACCCACCCCGGCUGGCACUGGGGGGACUCCGGGCCCCUCAGCCCCCCCGGGCCCUUGGCUGGUUCCUCUCCAGCAGACACCGCUGGAACCGCCGCUUCUCCCGCCCUCAGGGGCCGCCCUGGCCCGGUGCCCACGGCCACCAUGGGGAUGGGGCAGCGGGAAAGGUGGCGGCAGCGCAGCAGGCGGGACUACAACUGCCGGGGCACCGCGCGGGAGGCUUUCUGGACACUGCGGCCAGAGCCGUGUUCUGCACGUGCUCUUCUCGCACGUUCGGGCCCAGAGCCGUGUCCUCCAGCCAGCACCGUCCCCAGUCCCAGUGUCCCCCGCCCUCAUGGCGCUGGGCUCCCCUCCCGAGGGCACCGUGUCUGUGCUGCACCACGUGCGGCCCCUGUCCCCUGUGACCGAGAUCGGGCCGCACACCCCGUCCUGCACGUCGUGGAUGGAAACAUGAUCGUCUUUGACCCCGAGGUGCCCAGUGCCCCCGGCAGCGCUGCCCACCCGCGCACCCAAGCACCCGGGCAUGGACAUGAAGUUUGUGUUUGAGCGGGUGUUUGGGGAGGGGGCCACGCAGGACGAGCUGUUCCCACACAGCCCUUGGGCUGCUGGACACUGUGCUCAGCGGCUACAACUGCUCCGGUAAGAAACACCGUGGGUCCAUGCAGGAGCUCCUGCCCCAUCCACUCCCAUAGCUGUGGGGUGUUUUGGGGGCUGCUGCGCCCCUUGCGAGCUCUCCCAGGCUGGCAGUGCUGUAAAGCCGGGUCUGGAAGCUCCUCGCUGGGUCUGAAGCUCCUCGCAGGGUCUGAAGCUCCUCGCUGGGUCUGAAGCUCCUCGCUGGGUCUGAAGCUCCUCGCUGGGUCUGACACUCCUCGCAGGGUCUGAAGCUCCUCGCAGGGUCUGAAGCUCCUUGCAGGGUCUGAAGCUCCUCGCAGGGUCUGACGCUCCUCGCAGGGUCUGAAGCUCCUCGCAGGGUCUGACGCUCCUCGCAGGGUCUGAAGCUCCUCGCAGGGUCUGACGCUCCUCGCAGGGUCUGAAGCUCCUCGCAGGGUCUGAAGCUCCUCUCUGGGUCUGAAGCUCCUCGCAGGGUCUGAAGCUCCUCGCUGGGUCUGAAGCUCCACGCAGGGUCUGAAGCUCCACGCAGGGUCUGAAGCUCCUCGCAGGGUCUGACGCUCCUCGCCCGCCGCCGCAGCCCCUCGAGCCGUUCUUUGUCAGCAGCCGAGCAGCUUAUCGAGCACAUCCGUUGUGAGAGCCUCACAUUGUGUUCCCUGCUCCAAGUGCACAACGAGCAGAUCCAUGACCUGCUGGAGCCCAAGGGGCCGCUGAACAUCUGGGAAGAGCCUGACAAAGGGGUCGUCAUUCAGGGUCUCUCCUUCUGCCAGCCCAGCUCUGCCAAACACCUCCUGGAGAUGUUGGCCAGGGGGAACAAGAACCGCACGCAGCACCCCACGGAUGCCAAUGCCACCUCCUCCCGCUCCCACGCCGUGUUCCAGAGUGCGUGAGGUUUCCUGGACGUUCGAGGCAAGAGUGGUGUUCUCCAGGCAGUGCUGUGUGCCAGUAUCUCCUUCCACCAUGGCCCUGGGCUCCCCUCCAGAGGAGGGAACGGUGUCCGUAGUGGUCCGCGUGCGGCCCCCCGCCCCCUGUGAGCGGGAGCGGGCCGCGCACCCCGUCCUGCAUGUUGUGGAUGACAACCUGAUUGUCUUCAACCCCGACGUGCCCAGUGGCCCCCCUGGCAGCGUGAUGACCACCCGCGUGCCCAAACACCCAGGCAAAGACAUUAAGUUUGUCUUUGACCGGGUGUUUGGGGAGGGGGCCACACAGGACGAGGUGUUUCAGCACACCACUCGCGGGCUGCUGGACACCGUACUCAGUGGUUACAACUGCUCCGUGUUUGCCUACGGCGCAACUGGAGCAGGAAAAACCUAUACCAUGGUGGGGUCUGAGAGCAGCCCCGGCAUAAUGUACCUCACCAUGGUGGGCCUAUAUGAAAAGAUCGAGGCCAGGAAAGAGAAGAGCUGCGAGGUUCUUGUUUCCUACCAGGAGGUGUAUAAUGAGCAGAUAUACGACCUGCUGGAGCCCAAGGGGCCACUCAACAUCAGAGAAGACCCUGACAAAGGGGUCAUUGUUCAGGGCCUCUCCUUCCACCAGCCCAGCUCUGCCAAACACCUCCUGGAGAUGUUGGCUAAAGGAAACAGGAACCGCACGCAGCAUCCCACAGAUGCCAAUGCCACCUCCUCCCGCUCUCACGCAGUGUUCCAGAUCUGCGUGAAGCAGCAGGAUCGCAUCGGUGGCCUCACUCGGGAUCUGCAAGUGUCCAAGAUGAGUUUGAUUGACCUGGCAGGCUCGGAGCGAGCUUCGGUCACCAACGCCAAGGGAGAGCGGCUCCGUGAAGGCGCCAACAUCAACCGUUCGCUGCUGGCCCUCAUCAAUGUCAUCAACGCGCUGGCUGACACCAAGAGCAAGAAAACCCACAUCCCAUACCGGGACAGCAAGCUCACGCGCCUGCUGAAGGACUCCAUUGGCGGCAACUGCCGCACCGUCAUGAUUGCUGCCGUGAGCCACUCCGCACUGGCCUAUGAGGACACCUACAACACGCUCAAGUAUGCCAGCCGUGCCAAGGAGAUCAAGCUGUCGCUGAAGAGCAACGUGCUCAGUGUUGACUGCCACAUUAGCAAAUACGCCGUGGUCUGCGAGCAGCUGCAAGCAGAGGUGGCAGAUCUGCGGGCAAAGCUCCGUGCCUACGAGGACGCUGCCCAAGAGGCCAAAAACUCGACACUGGUGGCUCCCCUUGGUGUGAGCCCAGUGGGACUGCACAGGUUGGAGGAAUCUGUCCCAAAGCCACACUCAGCCCUGGGUGGUGACAGCGAGCAGCAGGAGCUGGGAGCUGGGUGGCCUGUCCAGCUGCAGCUGGAGCCAGAGGAGGUCCCAGAGGAAAUGCUGCACAGCAGGGCCAGAGCCACCCACCAGCUGGAAAAGAAGGAACCGAGCUGCUUUCUCCAGGGUUUAUCUGGCAGCCGGACAGAGAAGCUCAUAGCCGCCAUCCUGAGCGUGGCCCGCAAGCAGUACUCCCUCCUGCGGGACGCCAACCUCCUCACUCCUGACAUGGUGUCUGAAUUCGAGGAGCUGGAGCGCCUGGUCCGUCAGGGCACCGGUGUGACCCUGGAGCAAACCUCGUCCCCGAGCAGAGCUGCGGAUGUCACUGGGGCCAGUGCUGCCCCAGGCUGUGACGCAGAGGCGCCUGUCGCUGUGCCCAAUGCCCCUGCGACCAGCGUCGCCCUGCAAUGCCUGCAGCAGCUCUCCCCGCUCGCCAGCCCUGUGCCGACGGCUCCCAGCCCAAUUCGGAAGAGGAGGAACACUGGGAGAAACAGCGCUGCAAUGCACAGUGCCAAGAGGAACAGUGCUGAGAUGCACAGCUCUGUGUUGAGCAGCACUGAAAUGCACAGUGCUAAGAGGAACAGUGCCGAGAUGCACAGUGCUGUGACGAGUGCUGAGAUGCACGACUCUGUGUUGAGCAGUGCCAAAAUGCACAGCGCCGGAAUGCACAGUGCCGAGAGGAGCAAUGCUGAAAUGCACAGCACCGUGAGCGGCGCUGGGAUGCGCAGUGCUAUGCGCAGUGCCGAGAUGCAUGGCGCUAUGCACAGCGCUGAAAUGCACAGUGCUAUGAACAGUACCGAGAUGCGCGGUGCUACGAACGACGCUGUGAUGCACAACGCUGAAAUGCACAGUGCCACGUUGAGCAGUGCUGAGAUGAGCAGUGCUGAGAUGUGCAGUGCCGAGAUGCACAGCCCCGCAUUGAACAGCACUUUCCAAGUGGAAACUCCUCGCAGCCUCAAAAGGCGGGUGAAACGCCAGCGGAGCAGCGGGAGCGCAGCAGAGACUCUUGGGGUGAUGCUGAGCCCUGGCAGCCCCUGUCUGGCAGCAGCAGCCCAGGUGCCCCUUGUCUCCCCACUGCCAUUGUAUUGCACCCCCAAAAUCUGUCCGCUGACAGUCCCCAAAAGCCGCGUGCCCCUGGCGGUGUCGGCUGCCCAGAACUGCUGCACUGCGCCUGCUGCACCUGCCCACAAACUCAACGUGACGUUUGAUGUCGGUGAGUACAGCGGCUCACCUGGUGCGGCCGACCCGGCUGCCUUCAGUGGCCCCGAGAUCUCCAUCUGGGAGAAUGUCCAGAGCCUCCUCAACAAGCAGGAUGGUCCCUUCGUGCCCAGAACCUGCAUCCCAGCGCGCAGCGUGAAGGCUUCAUCCAUCCCCAAACCCUCCUCGGUCCCCAAAGCCCCUGCGCAGAAGCGGAGGCGAGUGGAGAGCACUGCUCCCCCCUCUCUGGGGGCGCUCCAGAGCCACAUCACCAAUCUCCCGAGCGCACGCCGGAGAUGUGCGCAGCCAUCUCGCAUCCCAGCUCAUCCUCUGGCCACUCUGCCCCGCAAAGGCAAGACCAGGAGCACCAAAGACCCGGUGGCCUCUGCCAGGGUCCCCCGCACUCGCACCCCCCAGCCGAGGAAGCUCUUAUGCUGAUGGCUCCACCGUCCAGGAUCCUCCCCAGGUCCAAACCCACAUUCCAAACUUCUUCCUUUUUUUGGGAACCCCCAUCCCCUCCUUCCUGCAGCCCUACAACGUUCUUCUCAAACUGUUGUUCAACCCCGAAGUCACCCUGUGUCCCCACUCAUUCCCCUGUUGUUAUUUUUCCCGCCCCCCCGGCGCAGCCCUGUGUUAUUUUUGCAGCAGAUGGGUUGUUGCUGUUCCCUCUCAGCCCCUCUCGAAUCAGCGCCGGGUGUCGAGUUCUAACAGAUGGGUUAUGCUAAGAAAUAACAUGUGCUUUUAAUAAAUCCUUUCGUUUCCAACCA